AUGCACCCACGGAUAUUGACUGCUCUCGACUAUGAUAUCGACACCCACCUGAAUCGCCUUAUUCCUCAUUCUCGCAUAUCGAGGCUACCGAAGCCUAUAUCGAGAUUCCUGGGGUAUCGGUCGGAGGAGUACAAAGAACCAGCCCGCUUGGUUGUUGUUUUUUGGUCUUUCCUAGGAUCAUUACUAGGCCUUCUGAUCAUAGGUGCCCUCUUCAAGUAUGCACCUGGGCUUCGAAAAUGGCAUCCACCAAUCAUGAUUGCCAGUUUGGGCGCUUCGGCUAUCUUAGAUUAUAACGCUAUCCGGACACCGCUUGCCCAGCCAAGAAAUGCGAUAUUAGGGCAGACCUUCUCGGCUUUGACAGGAGUCAUCGUGCACAAACUGUUCCACCUCAACUCGGAUUGGGAAAAUCUUCAGUGGGUCGCAGGUGCAGUCGCUUGUGCUGUUUGCUCCGCCAUCAUGGCUACGACAAACACUGUGCAUCCCCCAGGAGGCGCAACUGCCGUUCUAGCUACAACCAACGCCGAGAUUAUCGCCAUGGGCUGGAUCUUCGUCCCUUUCGUGCUCAUGAGCUCGAGCAUCAUGUUGACGCUUGCAUGUCUCAUCAACAACGUCCAACGAGCAUACCCAGUAUACUGGUGGACACCAGAGAAUCUACGGAAAGAAACCAAGGUUGAAGACCUCGAGAAGGUGUCGUCCAACAACAGUCAACAGGUGCUCUCAGGCCAGGCGAUGGCCAGGACUUCGAACGUAGACCCGGACUCUGUUGUCAUAUCACCACAUCAUCUCUACAUCCCUGAUAGCUUCGACUUGGAUGGAGAUGAGCUGGCUGUAUUGUCACGAUUACAAGCCCGUCUUCGAUGGGAUGCUGCUAUGGACGAACGACCUCGAGCAUACUCAAAUUCGAGCUGA